AUGCACUGGCUUCUCAUCCUCUCCUUCACCCUGAUCAGCUGGAACACACCAAGUACUUACAGCCUUUCAGGUAAGUGUGUCACAAACAGGUGAAAUCUAUGAAAACGAGGAGCCUGGACAAUAACGAUUUGCCUAGAUUUGGAAAUACUGAGCUCGCCUCACAGGGUUCUCUGUGUUGGAAGGCCACAGCAAGUUGAAUGGCCACAGAAUGGACAUUCAACGUGAGCUCUCCUAUCACUAUCAGGUUAAGCGCAUCCAGUGUAGUUACAAAAUUAAAUUUCACCAUGAUGUUGUCACUACUAAGUAUAGCCCAGCUCUUAAAACAUCUGAACGUAGAUUACUUAAAGUAAUGGUUAGAUAGAGGGUACAGCUGAAAGUCUGUACAUUUUUACAAUAAACCUGUUUUUCAAUGGGGGUUGAAUAAUUGAUUACAAUUAGCAGGUAUUUUUAUAUAAGGGCAGAUAGUUGAUUUUGAUGAUCGAUGAUUUUGGAUGAUACACCUUUAAUUGGGUAUUACAUACAGUGCACGUUGUAUAAUGUGUAUUUUGUGUUGGUCAAUGCACUGUUGAUACAACUGUUCAUAUAUUAGGUUUAGAAUCAUUCCUAAAUUAAGUUUAUUCUAUCUGACUUUUGAUGACAGUGCUUUAUGACAUAUUAUACCCUGUGGUUCCGUGUAAUAAUAAGUGAUAUUACAUUAUAUUAUAUUAUAUAGACCCAAACUUGACUGUAUUAUCUUGCAGACUCUUCUGGACCCUACCCUGAUAUAAGUCUGAGGACCCCUGUAAUGCUAAUUUAAUUAAAGCAAUGCACAUACUGUAAUGUAUGUAGGUGUUUAUAUAUAUAUAUAUAUAUAUAUAUAUAUAUAUAUAUAUGUAUAUAUAUAUAUACAAUAUGUUAUUGUCAAUCCCUUAUGCAUUGUGAAAUACAUGUUUUUACAUCCUGUAAAUUUAAUAGGCAUUUAUUGUUCCAUAUUGAUCAUGAAGCGCCCACAACAUUAAACAGACUGUGCAACCAUUGUUCUUACAUCUUUUUCGUUCCAGUAUUCUACAGCCGUCAAGAUGCAAAUCGUGUCCUUAGACUUCACAAACGAGAGAAUACCUUGUUUGAAGAGUUAAAGUCUGGUUCACUGGAACGUGAAUGUAUUGAGGAGCAUUGUAACCUUGAAGAAGCCAAGGAGAUUUUUGGGUCCCGAGAGGCGGCUGUAAGAAAGUCAAUGCAUACAGAUUUCAGUCUACAAAUUAAAUGUCUAACCAUGUGCUGAAACUUCUAAUUAUCUCCUUUCAUUAUCUCCUUUCUAGCUUAACUUUUGGACAAAAUAUCAUGGUGGGUAUAAACUGUCUGCUAGUUCUUUUCGCAAAUAAUUUGUUUUUACUCUGCUAUAAUAUUUAUUAGACUCAUGAUGACUAAACGUGGAUACUUCAGGACAAAUGUGGUACUAAGCAUGGGUGAAUUACCUUUUAUAUGGUUCCAUUGUACUGCUAUGUCAAGGUAAAUAGACUGUGCCAUGAUAGACCCCGUUGGGAUCCUAGAGCAGUGAUAGCUACACUGCGAUACAUUGGGUCUCAUGGUCUUGUGCCAGGUGGAGGGCCUGGAAUAGGUUUUUGCCGCUAGCUGGUACUCACAUGAGUACCACUGCAGUCUGUUGUGCAUUCCACUUCGCUGCACUUGUCUGUCUAGUGAGAACCGAUGCUGCCUAACGCGUUUCGGGAUUCAAAUGAUCACUAAAUCAGAGGUAUGCAUCCAAAAGACACGGCCCGGGUUUUAAACCUCUUGGUCUGACUGAACCAUGGGUUCUUAACCCUUUAGUUACCUACAUAUAACAGGUGUCGGGCUCUUAAUCCUUGUAAUCCUGUCUAAUUGUGUAAAGUCCAAUAUCUAUAUAUAUAUAUAUAUAUAUAAAACGAAUAACCACACAGUAAAUAUACAUUAUACAGAUAUCAUGAUGAUAAUACAAACUUAGCAUCAAAACGGAUAACUGCACAAAAAAUAGAUAGGUAUAUAUUUUGUGAUCAGCUGACGCUCUCUGUGAAAGUGCUAGCCCUGCACUGCAAGACUUAGCUUAGGAGAUCUAGCAGAAGCCCCUAAGAAGGAAACUCAUUGCAGCCUGUCAUCAGGAAGAGAAAUCUUCAGGUGGAGUCUAGAUGGAGAAUAUCAGUCCAACCUCCUGGCCCAGGAGGUUCUGGUUAGUGGUCUACUCAGGAAGUCCAGAUGAAAUCAGUGUAGACUUCAAGUUCAUUGAGAGAUCAUCUUACAUACCCAAAAGUUAACUUAAACAUUGUUUUUAUGAAAGCCUGUUUGAAUCACUAUUUCUUCUGCCCUUUUGGUGUUCGUUUCCUGUGCAGAUGUUGAAACGGAGGCGGCUACCCACUUGCAAAUAGUACCACUUCUGCUAUGGAAAAGGGAUUUUAUGGUUAAUAUCAUACCAUUUCUGUCCAAAAACUAACCUUGGUCAUGUCUCUUUCAGAUGGCGAUCAGUGCUUGCAGGGUUCGUGUGUAAACAGUGUUUGCAAGGAUGGUAUUGGGAAAUAUGAGUGCAUCUGUGAUAAAGGCUGGGAAGGCCGCUGGUGUAGCCAUGGUAAGUGGCACAAGCAGUGCAAGUUCAGAUAUUAAUCAAAGAAACAGACACUUAAGUGUUAAAACCCUCCCUCCCCCCACUGCUCGACCUUCUAAACAACUAUGCCAAAGUAUCGGGCUAUAAAUUGAACUUAAACAAAACAGAAGCCCUCCCAAUCCAUACCCCCGAUGACAUGCUGGACACGCUCCAACUAGAAUACCCAUUCCGUUACGAAUCAAAAAGCAUACAAUACCUCGGUACGUGCCUACCGGCGGACCUACACCUAACCUACCAACUCAACUAUCUCCCACUCCUAAUAAAGCAACUCAGGACCUAGAAGCCUGGCAACAACUAUCCAUUUCAUGGCUGGUUUGUCUAGCAUCAAUAAAAAUGAAUCUGAUCCCGCGUUUCCUCUACCUUUUUCAGGCUCUACCCAUCCCCAUAUCCAAACCAGACUUUAAGUCACUACAGACUAGAAUCGACAGAUUCAUCUGGGCCGGGGAAAAAGCAAGAAUUAAGAGAACGACACUGUACGUCCCUCACAAGAUGGGGGGGACUAGGCCCCCCUAACUUCUGGGACUAGAACCAGGCAGCCCAGCUGGCCCAAAUUCAGAAUCUCCACGCCCCAGCAGGGCUUAAACUAUGGGCAGACUAUGUAGCACUGGCCACACGCAGAACCAUAGUGAGACAUUGGGGCAGUAACGUUACUCCCUCUGCACCAGAAGUACUACGGAAAAUAGAAGAUGCCAUCGAAAUGGACAAACUGUCCGCCCUAAUCCAUGACAGAACUAAAACCUUCCACAAAAUAUGGGAUCCAUGGCUGAUAAGACCCGCAAUAGCACCAUAGACCCCUCGGGGCUUACCCUCCACGGCCCGACAGACCUAACUGCGUACACCCCCUACUCCACCCCACUCCCCCCCUUUUUUUUCUCUCUCUCUCUCUCUCUCUUCUCUCUCCUUCUCUCUUCUCUCUUCUCUCUUCUCUCUCCCUCCCCCUCCCAACCCUCCCCCUCAUGCUACCUCCCCUCCCCAUGCCCAGACCUCCCCUUCAUGACCCACGCAAGGACAAUCACCAAUUCCCAGACAAGAGACACACCACCACGACCCGUACACCCACCACAUCACUCACAAAAACCACACCGACACUCCCAACCCACCAACACAACCAUGACACAUCCAGUAAACCCACCACAUCCACACCCCAACUGACUAACCACCACGGACCUCCACCCACAACCUCUCCCUGAUGAUGGAAACACAUGACCGAAAACAACAGAACGAAAGUACCCUCCACGACAGGAAUGGGUACGACGAACUCACUAACUUCUCUUCAGUCUGCAUACAAACUGUACGAAUUUGUACGCUGCAACUAUACAGCCUUACGGAGGCUUUUGCACAAUCCAAGUUAUUACAUACCUUUAUGCUUUCUGUCAUUACAAAAUAAAGAUUUUUUUUUAAAAAAGUGUUCAAACCAAGCAAAUGUUUCACUACUAAUUAAUAUAUUCAUUUUCCUUUUUAUUGUUUGGGAUGGCGCAUUAAUUUUUCUUUGAGAAAAUUCCACUGAUAUACAUUUAUAGGUCUUGAUCUCAAUAUAGUCAAAAUUUCCCAAAAAUUUAAUUUAGUUUGGGCCUCUGACACUCGUUCAAUUUUUGGUUCAACAUUAGUAUCAAAUUCAAAGAAGGAAAUGUGCACAACUUCUAAAUAAAACAAACUCAGAUGCAACUAGGUAUGGGUCGUGUCUGCCCAAUGCAAUAUUUCAACAACAAAAAAAGUCAGUGUGCAAAAAGUUGUUUCAAGUGAGCAGACUUUAUUACAGUUAAAGGGACAUUUCGGCUAUAGAAACAAGCCUUUCUCAAGCAUAAAAAUAAAGGAAAAAAAGCACACGUAUAUUUAUAGUGUGGUUACUAUGGCAACAUAUAAUGAAACGUGGGUGACUAUAUUUCGUAUGACGUCACUGGCGUUUCCGGUUCCGAGCCUGCACCAGUUGUAGUUUUGAUCACUUAUUCAAUAUAUGUACCAUGAAAUAUUUUACAACUUAAAGUAGAAAAGUGAGCUUACAAUAUAAAUUGCAAGUGUCAUUUGUCAAGCUCUCUCUGACAGCCUAUAUGAUAAGAUCCAGUUAUAAAUAUUACUGGACCGUAGAGACUAGUCGUAAAAUUCCUCUACACUAUUUGGUUUACAGAGAAGAAAAUAAAAUAGACCUUAACUGCUGUACCAUUGCAGAAUAUUUUCCAGAAACCAACAAGAUUUAGCCCUUUGCUUCCCAGACACAGUUUGCCUCAUAUGUUUUAAUUGAAUGCAGUCAACUGAGGCCUUACCAUGCUGUAAUCAAUCAUACCACUUCUAUUGGGUAACCAUUCCAUGCAUCCACAAUACCAGGGGUCAAGUCCUGGGGAACUCACCCAAGAUCCACCCUUCUCCCCCCCCCACAAAAAAUAAAAAAAAUAUACACUCGUAUGCAUAUAUAAAUGCAUGCACACAUACACACUCACAGACACACGCACACACAUACACUCACAGAUUCACACACAUACACUCAGACACUCACAGACACACAUACUCAGACACACUCAGACACAGAGACAGACACACACAUACUCAGACACUCACACAGACACAUACUCAGACACUCACACCCACAGACACACACAUACUCAAACACACACACAUACUCAGACACUCACACACAGAGACACGCACACAUACUCAGACACUGACACACACAAACAUACACACAUACUCAAGACACUCCCACACACACAUACAGACACACUCAAAUUAUUUAUAUUUGUAAAAUUUACAAAUGUCCACCCAGCCUCCCUACCUGGAGAGCUGGCGUGGACCUGUCCCUGGGGUCCAAUGGGGCUUCAGUGAGGCAGGCGAGCGGCUGUCUACCGGUCAGAUGCAGCGAGGGAGCUGUGUUCUCCCAUCUCUGCUCCCUCACGCCGCGUGGGCUGUCUACUGAUGCCGGGAGACGGAAUAUGACAUCAUAUUCCGGCUCCCGGCAUCAGCAAACGGCGCGCGAGGGAGCAGAGCUGGUAGAACACAGCUCCCUCGCUGCGUCUGACCUGUAGACAGCCGCCCGCCCGCCGUAGGGGGCCAUCAGGUGGCCCUCCCAUGACAGGGGGAACACGGGGGCACUUGGGGACGGCAUUUUUUGCCGCCCCCUGGUUAGUGUCUGCAGGGGGAACAUCAUUCCUGUUGUGAAUAAAGUGCAGGAACGCCAUUCCCAUGCUUUCCUGCAGGACUCAAGCCCUGCACUAAACACAUUAGUUACCCAUAUUUUUACAUUGAAACAAUUGAACACACACCACAUUAAAUGACAAUAUUUUUUACAAUAGACUUGAGUAUAGUGAGAAAACUUGGUUUGGCUGAACCAUUUGUAGGGAUACCCACAUUUUUAGCCAUAUGGAAGUUUGGCUCAACAUGCUUUCAGUACCAAAGACUUGAUUCAGAAAUAAAUUUGAAAAAUCCAAGGCCAAUCUCUGUACUGCAAAAACAUAUAUAUAAUAUAAUAUACACUGAUAACUGAUAUUCCUGCCAUUGGUUCACAGAUCAAGUGAAAGGCUGAACUUGAUGGACGCAUGCCUCUUUUCAGUCUAUUAUUAUUAUUUUAUUAUUUAUAUAGCGCAGUCACAUUCCAUAGCGCUGUACAAUGGGUGGACUAACAGACAUGUAAUUUUAACCAGACAAUUGGACGUACAGGAACAGAGAGGUGGAGGGCCCAGCUCAAUGAGCUUACAUUCUAGAGGGAGUGGGGUAUAGUGACACAAAGGGUAAAAGUAGGGGUACGAAGUAGGUUGUUAGAAAAGUAUUCACUGAGGGCUUAGAAGUAAAUUUUUGACAGUUGCAGGAGAGGAGUCAUGGGGGUGGGGGAUAAAAACAUGCUUACAGUUUAACUGAUAUGCUUUCUUGAAGAAGUGAGUUUUCCAUGAUUUUUUUGAAUGAGUGGAGACUGUGUGAAAGUCUUGCGGAGAAGGGAAGGGAGUUCCACAGAAGAGGUGCAGCCCUGGAGAAAUUGGAGGCGAGCAUGGGAGUCUGGACAGAGGAUAGACGUAGGUCUUUGGCAGAGCGUGUGGGCCUUGACGGAACAUACUUGUGUAUUAGGGAGGAUAGGUAGGUUGGAGCAUCAUUAUGUAGGGACUUAUAAGCAAGCACCAGAAUUUUAAAUUGAGCCUUGUAUUUAACUGGAAGCCAGUGCAGGGACUGACAGAGUGGGGAGGUGUGGGAGUUGCGAGCAGACAGAAAAAUGAGCCUCGCCGCCGCAUUCAUUAUAGAUUGCAACGGUGCAAGCUGGGAACAUGAAGACCACUGAGAAGGGUAUUGCAGAAGUCAAGGCAAGAGAGAGAACAAGAGCAUGGACCAGCACCUUAGCCGCAUCCGGCAUUAAAUAGGGGCGAAUUUGUUUUUGAGAUGGAAGCGACAGGAUUUGGCGAUUGAUUGGACAUGAUGGGUGAAGGAGAGGUUGGAGUCAAAAAGAACACCCGGGGGGGCGGGGCCUGACAGCGAAGAUGGCCAGACGCACUUUUUAGGAGCUCCUGCAAUCACAGGCCCAAAAGCAAAUAUACCAACUGACAGGACAGCGUAAGCAGCAAACGGUGAUCGGGAGCGGACGCAUGACAGCACCCAGCGCACAAUGAUACAAACCCGGCACCGAUACGCCGCGGAAAAGCUGCAACAGGCCAUGCGGCCUAACCUAGCGCAGAGCGUAAGGCCCACAGAGGACAGUCGACCGCCCUGCACGGUACAAGCUCCUACACAACAGCCCAAAGCAGCCCUGCUACCCCCCCCUUUGGACCGGAGGGGGACAUCCCGGUCCUCGCUGGGGACGAUUACCCCCACAAGCGCACGUGAACAAGCAGCGAACUUGCUAAGCAAACGAAAUCCGCAGGGCCCGGCCAAGAUGGCGACGCGGCCCCAAGCCAAGCACAUGAGCAUCGCACCACCCAAGCACACAAAGGACUUUGUGGACUUGCUACGAUUCCACCUCUGGGCGAAGCUUAAAGCCAGGAGACAACCCUACCAGAGGGCGAUGAGAGCAGUGGCGGCGUGGAUUCGCCCGACCACCCGGCGUACCUUACAAUGGACUCCCCCUCACAACUCCAGAGCAGCCUCCAAACGAAACUGGAGCCCAAGCUCAAACAGGCGGGAAACGGCGCAGGGCCUUCUGGACGCCAAUUCUCACGACCCCGCUCCGCAGAAGAAGAUCCGACAUGCUUCUCACUCAGCGACCACAGAAAACAACGAGCAGCAAAGCAUAAGCCUGCACACAGCGGCCCACAAAGCCUGGGGUGCCGAAGACCGAAAAAAAACGAAGCUAGAUCCCAAGAGACGCAACAGGCAGAAACCCCACUCACGACAUACCGGAGUGGAAACCCAGAAGAGACCCUCACCCAACUGCACAAGCAAGACUGCCAAAACGGGCAUCGGUUGAAACAACAGAACCUCAAGCACCUCACGGUCUAUGGCCGACAACCCUGCCCAUAAAGCAGAAACUGAUAUUCUCAGCAGACGGAGGCAAGGCAUCUAUAUUGGGCUUAGUGUUAGGCAUGUAACCUCUCUAUACCUGACUUACCCUCAGAUAACAAGCUAAAAUUUAUUGUUCACAUCUCGGCACUCACCUUUAACAUCAGAACCGGACUAAUUAUUAGUGCAUGCCAACACACUGUUGCCCCUGUGGUUCUGAAGUGACAGGACGCCUUGGAAAUUUACCCUUCUCUCUUACCAGCAGCCUACACCAACUACAGGACUAAUGUGACGCAAAUUACUGUUGUCUAUAUUUUUACUUUUUCUGAAACCUGCUGCUGAGACCAGUAUAGCGAGAGAACAGAAUUGUUAAUAGUCCUUUGCAUUGCUCUUGCAGAUACACUAGCUUAUACACUGCAUUUGUGUAAAACAGGAGAUUCUCAUUCUGUUAACUUAAUAUAUACAAACUCAUGUUAUGGUAGCCUAAAUGUUUUAUCGCAUAGUUAGCAAACCGCCUUAACACUGUACCAGUGUACGCGAAGUUCUAAUGUUAAGCUUGAACCAACAAUAUAUUGUCUAAGCAUGUAAACUUUGUUUUGCAUAAUAACCCUACGGCACCCAUUAGCACACACUCGCAUAGGUCUUGCUACACUACAGGCAACACAUCACAACCUUACUGCAGCACGUCAUACGAAAACAUAUGUAGUCAACCAAGCGAGAAUCUGUCUACUUGCAAUGCUGCCCUAGCUAUAAACAUCUUCCCUUACACACAAAGCAACAUACCUUAAUGUACCACCAAGCGAGAAAAACUUUACUACGUACACACUUAGACCAGCAUGUCUAUCACAAACCACAAAUGUUUUAUAGCUUGUUAAUUUCAUGUUGAAAAAAGAUAAAAACUGUGCUGUUUAAUCUGCCACGCUAUGUGAUGCUAUGCAACUGCUUGCAGCAGCUGUCGUGGCUCUGCAUGCUCAAUGUUAAUCCAUGCACAAAUAAAAUAAAGAAUUUUAAAAAAAAAGAACACCCAGGCAGCAAGCCUGCGAGGUAGAGGUGAUGGUAGCGCCUCUACCCCUACCUCGCCGUCUAUGAAACACUGUAAGUGAGAGAAAGUAUAAAACAGUGGGAAAACAGUAAAAUCAGUAGAAAAAUCUAUAUUUCUGUAUUAAAAUAUUUAUCAAAAAUAUAAUACAUAAAUAUAGAUUUUUUUUAUUUAUUUGUUUAAAUUCCUUUUCCCCCCCUCGAUUGCUCACUUGAUUUGCGAAUAACAUCAACAUUACGUGACUCAUCCCUGGCCAUCAAUCAUCUUUUUUUUCCAUCAGUUUUUUGUUUGUUUGUUUUUUUGUUUUUGUCUCCAUAGGCAGAAUUCAGCAUCAGAAAUCAAAACGAACAUAUUUGCCCAUUGAUUGACUUGUUUGAUUCGGGAUUUGGGUACAUUUUGACUUAGAGUUCAAGAAUUCAACUGAUCACCUGAUCAGCCCAAAUUCUAUCAGGUCUCCAAGUCUAAUGGGCAGUGUAUCAUGCCCACUGGGCAUGACAAUGAGUCUUGCCUGACAGUCUUGAAAGACGUUGAGAUCUUGUUCCAAAAACAAUGCCCUCUCCACCCACUGGUGAGUUAAAUAUCAUGAAGGUAACAGCUGGCAACACUGGGUGGAAACAUUUGUCUGCUACCCAUUAAUUGCCAUAAUUGCACCCUUAGUAAGAAGACAAAAGCUCAAGGAUUAUGUGACAGCGUCUAGUCAAAUUAUAGUUAGUCAAAAUUCCCAUCUGUGCAAUUUAUGAAAUCUGUUGGAUUUUGUCAUCUGUUUUAGUUUUGUUUUUAUUUCUUUGUUUGUUUAUUUUAUUUUUGAAUAUGCACAGUUUUUUGGCAAUACAACUAGUUAAUGAUUUUUUCUGUCACUUUCUCCAACAAAAAAAGUGUGCAGUUUCUAUUCUCUUAAACUAGUAAAUUUACUAUAAAGAAAUCUGACACUCUUUAGAUACUUUAAUAAAUUCGAUCAACACAAUGAUAAAAAAGUAAUCCGUCACUUUUGAGAACAUUUUGAUAAAUAUUCCCUAGUGCCUAAACUAAUUACAUUUCCUCUGGGAAUUUAGGUAGCAGGUGUAAAGUUUUUUUUGUGUUUUUUACCUAGAUGAUCUUUCUUCAUCACAGCAUAAUAUUUUUUUUCUUUCAGCAUGGAAAGCUUGGCAAGGAAACUACUGAUAUAUAUUUUGCCACUUUAAACCUAUAUUCUGAGGUUAAAAACUCAGGUGAAAUAAGUACCCAGUUGUAGUUGCUUCUGUUUAGCACAUGUCACGGUUAUUGUAACUAAUUUUAUAUUUUUCUGAGUCAAAAUUGUGUUUGUUGUGCAUCAAGUACAUGAGGAGAUGGUUACUGCAAUGUUCUUGGUCAGAAUCCCUUGAAAACCAAUGGACCCUACUCUCUUAUAUGGUAACAACCUGUUCAUAAGUUUCAAAAGAAUGUUGACACCUUACCAAGGAACCCUGUUUGAUUGCUACAUAUCCAGCAUUUCAGUAGAAUUAUUUAAUUUUUUAUGAAAAAGAACAUUAAAAAAGUUUUCUCACUUUGCCUGUAUUUGAUACUUGUGAAUAUGUUUUUCAAGUAAUCACAAUCUAUUAGAAAAAACUUUUCAAAUGAUUGAUCUGCAGAAGUCGCCAUUCCCAUCUAUAGUAAUUUUUGUAGAUAUUAAUUUUAAAAAUUUCUCUAACAGAUUGUGAUCAUUUGAAAAGCUUAUCUAAAAAUAUUAAAUCAAGGCCAUUGUCCCUUAAUAACCAUAUCUUCUAAUUUUCCAGAGGCUCUAUACUCGAACUGUACAUUUAAUAAUGGAGGGUGCCACCAUUUCUGCACAGAGACAAACUCUUCCCGAGUGUGUAGCUGUGCCCCUGGGUACAAGCUUGACGAUGACUACAGUAGCUGUUCUCCUUCAGGUAAGAUUCCACCCAUUUUCAGCAAGAGAUCUGUUCUGGACAGAGUGUCAUUUGGAAUCAUUUCGGUUGCUUGAACCACUGAAAGAAUGACGCAGCUUAAAAAAAGGUGCUCACUUUUAACACCUGAUACAAUGCCCCCAUUCCUGUCCAGGUGGGGGUUAAUAUUGCUGUGAAAGGUACUUGUGACUGCAUCUCACACUUUUCCCCAUGCUCUGGUAUGGGAAGCAUAUUAAAUAAAUGCACCCCUUGUAACCAUGGACAGUCUCACAGUGAAGACAGAUACUAGCAUGUGGUUGCCCCCAAUUCUACUUCCACUUUAUGGGCUGUGAGAUGGGGCCUAUUAAGUGUAGGAUACCCAUGGCACCCUAUUAAUGAGAGAGUACAAAUCCAUGUUCUCUCCUCUCCCAUAAGGUUAACUAUGAAGAGCAAUGGUUGCCAUGCUCUCCUCUCCUUAUACUAUCUUUUGGACUGUGUGUCGGUAGAUUUAGGGCUGCGAUGGCAAAUCGAUGGAAUGCAUGGCACAAUGGACACGCAGAGGUCUCUCUCCUGGCAUGUAGUGGGUAAUCAGGGCUUGUGCAGACUAUAUUAAUUGCUCACAAAAGAAGGCAAAUAAAUCCAUGAAAAAAGGCGUUUAUUAAGGUACAUACUUUUUUUUUUUAAUGAAUGCGGAGCUGCUAAUUGCCUUAGUGCAGCUGGGCAAGGGCACCAAUAAUUGGAUAGAGUGGUCAGCUGACCAUGUUAGCCAAUCAGUGCUGCCCCUACCUGACUGCACUCUGCGCUUCAAAAAAGGUAUUUUGGAAGCCAGAUGCUGCUUGGGCAAUUGGGAAUCCCGGGGCUGGAGGCAACCUUUGGAGUUAAACCUUUCUCACACGGUUUAACCGCUCAGGUAAGAAAGCUGCCGUGACCUCCUGGCACCCUAACAACUUCAUUUAUAUUUAUAUGAAGUUGUUAUGGAUCCAGGAAUAUUUCUUAAAAGUAUGAACUCGCACUGCAAGCAGAGGUAUAAAUGGGCUAUAGUAUCUAUUAAUGUUAUGAUAGUAUAUUUAGGCUAAAACUCCAUUUGCCUCUAGUCUUUUGUGUAAGUGAUAUGUUAGCAAAGUUCCAAAAUAAUUGAUGAGUACAAGAGUUAUAAUACAUCUCUGGUUUUGUAUGUGUAACCUAUACUGUCAGUGUCCUUAGCUCUGUAUGUGCAUAUAAGUGCUCUAGGUAGCAUCAGUUGAUAACAUGAUCAGUGUCACAUGGUUUGCAGUGGAGUACCCUUGCGGAAAACAGAAAAUCUUGGACUUUGAAAUUAAAGUGCGGCUCACCGGUGCAAAGCAAGGCCGAAAAGGGGACAGUCCUUGGCAGGUGAGAUUUUUUUUAUUUAUUUUUUUUGUAAUAUCUCACCAUAAUUUUGUAAACAAGGGUAUGUUUAUUUAGGCUUUUUUUUAUAGUUUUCCCAGUGGCCAAAGCAAAAUAUAUAGGCUUACAAAAUGAGAAAGCUCAGUGUAACGGACCGUUUUGCACAAAAGGGGAAAAAAACGUUUAGGCGAUCGGCCCCCUUUCCAGAGAUACAGGCACAGCUACUGCAGAACACCAAACUCCCGAACUGGAUACAAAAUAGCACUCCAACUCCCGAACUGGAACCUCCCAAAUAGCUGCUAGCAGACGAACAGGAAAAGCAGACAAUCAGCUUACACUCCUGGCAAUCAGUCUCUAACAGCAUACAGUGAAUCCCCCCAAGAACGAGACAAGGCUCCGUGUUGAGGGUCAAGCAGUGGUCUGAGGUGCUGGCACACCCAGCCUGGUUUUUAUUACAGUCUUGCAAAUACAGGACCGCCCACAGGGAGGUAUAAAAUAUCCAGUAACAUAUUAGUUACAACCCACAGAUUCCCUCCCCCUUAUCCUGAGAGGUAACCCAAUACACAUACCUUUUACCACAAUGCAUCCUGGCUUCCUCUCCUCUGCCCUGGAGAUAAGUGAGAAGUAAUUCAAUUAUCUCCCAGGACAGGGACAAGACUCCAUUAUGCACAUGGUGACACAAAGACAGUAAAACACUUUAAAAUACAUAAAGUCACCUUUUACACAUAACACACAGACAUUUAACAUAUCCCCAGAUAGCUCAGGUCUGAGCGCACAUUAUUAAGCGAAUGGCGCUCAGACCACACGAAUACAGUUUAAUCGCCAUGGAGCCAAAGUCUUUACAGUCAGUUUCAUACGAAUGGGCUCCAUGGGAUUCCUAUCUGGGGUAUAACACAUUCAAACAAAUCUACCGAACCCCAGGCAGAAAAGCACGAAUGAAGCUUUUCUGCAGGUAAAAAAGAUGUCUUUUAACAGGGGGCCAUAGUCCAGAGGCAGCAGGCGAGCAACCAGGCUUCUCCAAUGCAAUGUGGCGAGAUUGGUCUCGUCACAUCUCUCCCCUUUUCCAAACAGACUAACAGGGUAUCUGACCUCCUGCCGGUCAGUGCCCUUGUUAGUCCAGCAGCCCACCCACAAAACACAAUCAACAGCACAGCCCACCCACAAUAAAUAGUUACUGCACCUGGGUAGAGGAGAAACUUGUCCAUGUCCAGGUGCCUCACCACGGCUGUGCUGGGUACGGGUACGCUGACUUGGUGGGGUGCUGCGUGGGCAGAGACCAGCGUCACUCUGCCCUGUUGCCAGCGCUACUGGGAGGGUAGCCUGGUUGAAGCCUGGUUGUUGGAGGGGGAGACCGACUGUCUCCCCUUUAGAUACACAGUCCUGCUGCUGGAGACCGACUGUCUCCCCUUUGGUUACACAGCUCUGCUGCUGGAGACCGACUGUCUCCCCUUUGGUUACACAGCUCUGCUGCUGGAGGGGGAGACCGACUGUCUCCCCUUUGGAUACUCUAAGCUGUCGCUGGGGAGAGGGGGUAACAGGCUCCUCUCCCGAUAGAACACUCUGCCGCUGGGGAAAGGAGACUGAGCUCUCUAUUCCCUGCCCAUUAAUGAUCCGCCGCUGGGGAGAGGUGGUAGCAAGCUCCUCUCCCAUACAUACUUUCAUCCUCUGUGGAGGGAGACCAAGGUUCUCGUGUCUAUACAGUGUGUACCUGCAUACUUUCAAUGUAAACACUUUCUUGUCAGAGAAAAGGCAGUGUUUACAUUACUGCCUAGGAACACCUCUAGUGACAGUCACUCAGAAGGCCGUUAGAGGUGAUUUUUGUGUUAGUGCUGCACAGUGUUCAUGACCGGCGUUCAGCAUGUCCACACUCUGCAUGAAGGCACUGAGUGUUCCCCAUUGAGAUGCCGUGAUUUAAUGCAUCUCUAUAUGGAGAUGCCGAUUGGUUUAGCACCGCGUUUUGUCUCGCAUACACGAUAUCCUGAUUGACUGAGAUCAUCAAAAUUGGCUUAGCCAGACACAGUUAAACUGGCGUGGGAGACAAGGUAAGUAAAAUCACCUUUUCCAAGUGAUUAGGAGGGGGGUGGUUACCCAAGCAGCUACAAAGGCACUAUAGUGUCCAGAAUUCAUGUUUGUAUUCGUGACCAGGGCCGGAUUAAGAUUCCUUUGGGCCUUUUGCUGACAAUUAUGAUGGGCCUAAUUACAGAAUCUUAUCGACAGAAAACACUUAAACAGUUAUACCUCCCAAGCGUCAUGUAUCUAGUGGAGAUGGUGCUGGAGGGAAACUCAUAGAAUGCAGCUAUACGAAAACACAUACCCUUCAUUGUUCAAGUAAAUCCAUACCCCCUAACAGCAGUGUCUGGCGAAGCAGGAUUUCGGUAGGCAGGGUAAAAGGGGUGGCCACUAAUGUGAAUCAUGGAACCAGGACAUGCCCAAAACGCGGGCGUGUAUGCACAAAGAAUUAGAUGGUCAGCCUGGCAUAAAUGCACAUCAGGCUGUCUGCCAAUCAUGCAGAAUGACUAAACAAAGGCAUACUGUGCAGACAGCACACUGAGAUUGGCAUAAAUGCGUCUAAUGAUGUGCUAGGACUGUCCCCUAGCACUCAAUGUUCCACUCCUCUCCUAACCUUCUUACUUGCAGGCAGAAGCUCCUGUUAAUGCAAGGAGCCUAAAUAAUAACAUGGGGUAACUAGAGGCAAUAAUACACACUAAACAAUUAUGAUAUAAUAGGCAUAACAGAAACAUGGUGGGAUGAGACACAUGACUGGUCAGUUAACUUAAAUGGGUACACGUUAUUUAGGAAGGAUAGGAAAAACAAGAAGGGUGGUGGGGUAUGAUUGUAUGUCAACCAUGAGUUGAAGUCAAAUCUUAGGCAUGUGGAGUGUGACGAGGAAAAUGUGGAAGCUUUUUGGGUAGAUAUCUGCUUAGGGCAAACCAAGGGAAAUCAAUUAUUGGUUGGGAUAUGUUAUAAACCACCUAAUGUAAAUAUUAAUGAGGAAGAACAGCUGUUAGAGCAAAUUGAGAAAGCUGCAAAUCUGGGUAACACGUUAAUUAUUGGUAGGGAUGUGCAUGGGGAAAAUAUUCGGUUCGGCAUUCCGAAAUUCGGAACUUCGGCGGUUCGGCACUUCAACACUUCAGAAUUUCGGGACUUUGGAUGUUCUCUUGGAGCUGCUUAGUAGAUAACUCCCUAAUUCCCAAGGUAUUAGGGAGCUCUCUACCAAAAGGAUGAGACCUAAAAAUUACUUAGUAUUAGGAGGGGUGGGAGCCGGGGUGAGGACAAUAGGUCCCCUCCCCUUUAUUUUACUUUAGGGCCCCCACCCACCGCUCAGGGGGGAGGACAAUAAGUCCCCCCCCUUAUUCUUCUUUAGGGCCCCCACCCGCCACUCAGGGGUGGGGGCCGUGGGGGAGGACAAUAGUAAUUUAAGGCCCCCACCCGCCGCUCAGGGGUGGGAGCCGGGGGGGGGGGCAAUAGAUCCCCCCUUUAGAUUAAAAGCCCCCACUCGCGCAUCAUGGGUGGGGGCUCAGGAAGGGGGACUCGUUUUUUUGGGGUGGGGAGGGGUUUUAACAGUGAGCAGCCACAUGCUGCUCACUGUUUAAUAGACAUGCCCCUACUCGCGGUAUAGCGAGAAGGGGCAGUUUAUUUACUAAUACUAAGUAAUUUCAACUUAGUAUUAGUAAAUUUGGCUGAAAGACCAAUGUAGGUCUUUCAGCCUUUUGGUAGCUAGCUCCCUAAUACUGUGGGAAUUAGGGAGUAAUCUACUUACUCAUCCCCAUCCAUUGACUGUAAUGGAAGAAACUUACAUUUUAUAUGAAUGUGUGUUACUUGAUUGUUGUAAGUGUUGCAAAUGCGUACAGCUGAAUCCUGGCUAUGUUUGUAUACUUUUUAUUUAAACUGGUAUACAGUGUAACAUUCUUCAUCCUUCUACUUCGGUACUUUGGAAGUUCGACACUUCGGAAAUAUGGCAAUUCAGCUAUUCGGACAUUCGGAAGAUUCUGAAUGUCCGAAUUUACAUUCGGAACGAAACGAAUUGCACAUGUCUAAUUAUUGAAGAUUUUAAUUACCCAGACAUAAAUUGGGAUAGAGGGACUAGUACUUCAGCAAGGGGAAUCAGGUUUUUUAAUGUGUUAAAUGACACCUUCAUGUCACAACUGAUACAAGCACCAACUAGAAAGGAUGCUUGUCUGGAUCUCGUUAUAACAAACAAUGUUGAUCUUUUGACCAACAUUUAAGUAGGGAAGCAUUUGGGAAAUAGUGAUCACAAUAUGGUUAUUUUUUAAAUAAAAUCAAAAAAGAAGCAGCAUGUGGGGUAUACUAAAACGUAUAAUUUUUUAAAAGCCAGUUUCAGUAAGAUUAGGGCAGCUCUACAACAUAUUGACUGGCAUAAACUCCUUAGUGGAAAAAAACACUGAGGAUAAAUGGAAACUAUUCAAACAGAUAUUAGAAAGGUACAUUUCUCAUUAUGUACUAUUAGGUAAUAAACAUAAAAGAAACAAAUUGAAACCAAUGUGACUUAGUAGAGAAGUAAAACAAAAGAUUAAAAAUAAGAAAAGGGCAUUUAAAGCAUUUAAAUCAGACAAAUCAGAGGCAUUCUAUAGAAGAUAUAAGGAAGCCAAUAAUGCUGGCAAAAAAGGCAAUUAAAGUGGCUAAACUAGAAAAUGAGAAAUUGAUAGCCAAAGAAUGCAAAACCCCAAAAUUUUCAAGUACAUCAAUUCUAAAAAAAACUAAAAAUUCAAGUGUAGGUACACUGGAAACAGAGAUGGGUCUGUUAGUUAAUGAAGACCAAGAAAUGGCAGAAAUUUGAAAUAAAAUUUUUCUUCAGUAUGUAUUAAUGAGGAUCCUAUGGCAAGAGAUAUGCAAAUGAUUGCUGCAAAACGCUUGCAGAUAACUUGUGACUGGAUGACUCGAGACAAGGUGCUACAGCAGUUCAAGAAAAUUUAUGUAAAUAAAGCUCCGGGGCCUGACUGUAUUCACCCACGAGUACUUAAGGAGCUAAGUGAGGAAAUAAGUGAACCUCUAUUUAAUCUUUCAAGAUUCUUUUGUUUCAGGUAUUGUACCGGAGGAUUGGAGGAAGGCAGAUGUCGUUCCUAUAUUUAAAAAAGGUUCAAAAUCCUUGCCUGGAAAUUAUAGAUCUGUGAGCUUAACUUCUGUGACUGGGAAAAUAUUUGAACGGCUAUUAAGGGAUAAUAUUCAAGAAUUAAUUGGGAAGAACUUAUUAGCAAUAAUCAGCAUGGUUUUAUGAAACAUAGGUCAUGUCAAACUAACCUAGUUACAUUCUACAAAUAAGUAAGUAGAAGUAUAGAUCAGGAUGUUGCAGUGGAUGUGAUCUGCUUGGAUUUUGGUUCCUCACAAUAGGUUAAUCUUAAAAAUAAAAGAAAUUGGUCUAGAUGAAUAUUCUUGUUCUUGGGUAGAACAUUUGCUUAAGGAAAGAGUAGUCAUUAAUGGUAAAUUUUCAAGCUGGACAAAAGUGGUAAGCGUUUUUCUAACUAGUCUCCGAGGUCUCUCUCACCGUGUCCGGACUCAAGAUCAAUUUUGUUGAACCUUGGACACAGAUCACCGCUCCAAGACCGUUACGCAUGACCAUAGAGGCGUCCAUUCCAGUUCACUAUGAAGUUUGCUCCUGAUGGGCAAGGAUGCAGUGGAGUGCACUCCCGCCCUGUUCCCUCUCCGCAUGCCCUCAAAGCAUAUGUUGUCUAUUGACACUUCAAGACAGAGGGCACCCAUCUCCUCAGAGAUCUGUUCUGCGAGGGUGACUGAAUCUGAGGGAACCCUGCAUGGAUUUCACCAUCAACGUGGACAUAUUGGAUCUGUUUCACUCUCAGUCGGUCCAGCUUCUGGAUUUUGUGUAAUAUUCAGUCCAGGAGGUGCUCCACCUUCCGAGGUCCGCCUUCAAGAAAGAUAUCGGUCACAUGCUCCGCAACCCGCGGGUCACACUUAGGGACCUAACCCUGUCGAUUGGCCGUUUGUCAUCCGCCAUGGAAGCCAUAUCUCCAGGACUUUCAUACACUCCAACGCCUGACGGCUCGCUAUCUCAGGUCUUCAGCUUUGUGCAACCGAAUCAGGUGGCUUUCGGAUGAAGCUCAUCUAGAACUUCAUUGGUGACUUCGACAUAUGAGGACCUGGACUGGCAAAAGGUUUUUUUGACCCCAACCAAACUUCGUCCUGGACUCCGACGCUGGCUGUAUGGACUGGGGUGUUACUUGCUAAGGCGUGACGACAAGAGGACUCUGGACUCUGGAGGAGAGAGCUCUUCACACCAACUGUAUGGAACUACCUGCAGGUUCGUUCGCCAUUCGCAGCUCCCCCAAGGGGAGAAUUACUGCGAUUUCCGACUGUCCACUCUGGACUGUAGUAGGACCUCAGGAAGGAUCUCUAUCAAUACUGUCUGGGCAAGUAUUCGUCACUUGUGACAGAAUGUCUGCGGGACGAGACACUCAUGUAGCGGAUCGGUUAUCCCGUCAGUGGAGAGACUCCAACGAUUGGUUACUUCACCCUCCAGGGUCUCAAGGACUGGACUGAUUGCAUCCAGGGCGAACCGUCAAACGGUGUGGUUCUUCAGUUGGUUUCUGGACCCUCAGCGAGGCGUUGGACGUGUUCUCCAAGUUUGGCCUCCUUCGGGGGCGUAUGCGUCCCCUUUUUUCUACAGGACACUUCAGGCAUUGCAUCAGACCAAACUCUUGGGAGUUUGGCUUCGCCUGGUCACACAACUUCGGAGGUGUCAACCGUGAUUCCCUCUCUUGCUGGAGUUCUUGUGGGAAGACCCUCUACUACUCCCUGUCUCUAGGUGUCCCGUGUGGGAUCCACAAGGGUAUCCUGGCAUGACUGGUGCCUGGAGAGAGGCUUGGAUUCCUGUUACGGUCUCUAUCAUGGCUGUUCUCAACUGUUUUAAAUAUGUUUAUUUGUUUCAUAACAUAUUCCAAUGCAAACGUAUAACGUGUUAAAGCGGUUUAGUGCCUGCGCAGAGGCCUGGUUUUCAUUGCAUGAAUGGAUAUACAAAUCGUUGCCUGCGCAGAGGCUUAUCAAUCAUGUCUAUUGUUCUACAGCGUUUAAUAUAAUAUCACAUUUGAGCGUGUUUUUGUUGUCUUUCUUUUUAGGGCAUUGUUCAAACUUUGCAGUAUCUAAUAAUCAUUUGGCAUUGAAUGAUAACAAAUCAUUAAGUCCUUGCUGCCUGGCCUGAUUCUUAUCUGUCCAUCUUGCAUAUUUAUAGCCAAAUAAAAUAUAUUAAUAUGUAAGCAUGUAAACGUGUAAAUGCUCAUUUAAAUAAAGUAAUUAACUUAUAAUGCGUGGUCUGAUAUAGACUGUUGCUAAACGUGCAGUACUGGUGAAGGUUAUAUAAUCGGACACCCUUUAUAAAAUGCCGUAGUCUUGUAUAUUAAACAUGCAUUAACUUUACGAGAAUUUAUGUUUCUUAACUUGAAUCAAACAUGGGGAUGCCGUGUUUAAAUGCUGUGUCCCAGCUGCUAUAACCGUAUAGAGGCAAUUAAUGUAUUUUAUCUAGCCUAUUUCUCCGGUACGGUUGUUGGAGCAGGUUUUUGCAUCAUGAAUAGAUAACAUAUUUUUUGUCUGCGUGUGUUGCAAAUAUAGUUAACAACUAAGCCUUGGCCUAGGUGUAUAUAUUAUUGCAUUACCGGGCCAAUCUUAAUUAGAGCAAGAAAAUGGUCAACUUAGUUAAAGGCUGGUAAGCGGAUCUUGCAAUAUUAUUAUCACCUUAUGUGAAGACCCUUAUUACACGGUCCAAGUAACAUGCAGAGUUAUAAAGAAAACUUAUAAGGGCAUAUGAAAUUUAUAAAAAUUUGGAAGCAUGAAAAUAUGAGUCUGUAAGGUACAGGCUUAGUGGCCGUAGCUGGGGACUCUAUAAUGGUCCGAUCCGGAUCGUUCAUGGCGCAGCAACAAUGUGGUUCCAGUGCGCCAGGUUUCCUUCUGUCCUCCCCAGACAGGCACUUUCCACCGACUGGGCUCUCUGUGGCCCCGUGGGCACUCGGGGCCAGAGACCGACCACAGAACCCCCACACCUAGGGUCUGAGCGCCCCCUGUCCCCUGCACCUCCCCAGCACCUCUCAGGCUUCCUUGGAAUGUAGGCCCCCGUCUCUCCCGGGGCCGGCCACACACUUGGGGGCGAUGCCUGUCCCUCACGGCCACCGGUCUGCCGGAAGGCCCGCAUCCCCCUGAUCCACAGGACUCGCAGCAUCAGGGACUGGACUCUCUGAGAACCCCCACAGACUCGGUAAGUCCGGGCCGUCACUCCUUCAGUGGGCAGGUAGUCAGGGAUUACAUUUAGUUGCCGUCGCCAUCCGUGGCCACGUGUGCCGCACUUGCCAGCCCUUCCGGUGCCGUCAAUAGUCCCCUUCAUGCCGUUCUUUCGUAGUAAUGAGUAUUUAAAAUGGUCCUCACAGCUCUUUUACCGGCGGGCUCCUUUUCGGCAGCCUUUGCAAGUUCAGGAGGGCAGUCUGGGCCCAGCGCGGGGAGCUCCCGUCUCGGCGUGUGUCGCCUCCAUGAGGCCGGAUAACCCCACCGGCCGGGGGGGGGGCGGGGCCAUGCCCCGAGCCAGCAGCUUCCGUUGCCAGAGUAAGUUGCUUUUGUUUCUCUUUAGGAUCGGCAUGUAUUCUGGCCGACCCAUGGUCACCCGGGUCUAGUUUUGUGGUCCUGGGUAGGCCUUGAAAGUCCUUUACGGUGCUCACAGCCUUCUUUUCGGGUCUAAUUGGUAUCUUUGUAAAGCUGAUGUCAUCCUCCUCAUUAUUUCAGCGGGCAAUCUGGUCUUCAGGCCUUCUGUGGUCGUCUCAGAUCCAGAUUAAUUUGUUUGGGUCGGGAGCCCUGAUAGUCUGCUGCCAUGCGGCUCGGCGGCCCGCCCCCGCCCCCGCUGUUCUCAACUGUCUGACUGAAUUGUCCUUUCAGGGUGAGUUUGUAUGGGACCAUUUACGUCUUAGGUCAGCUAGUUUGACUGCUCAUGUGCCUUCUCAAGAUGCUGGCAUUGGUAAGGAUCCCUUGGUCUACAGACUUCUACGUACAUCUGUUUUUCUGCACAUUCGUUCACUCGGAUUUUGUGGAUUCUCUCAUCGGUUGGCUUUGCGAGUUCCUUUGGGACACACUUGGUUCGGGGCGCUGCUUCUUCAGCAGCUUUAGAAGCCGUUGGGUCCCUUCUGGAUUUUUCCCUGCACCUCUGUUUGGUCUAGGGAAUCGAUUUUCCGUUUUCUUUUUAGUUCCGUCCUCAAUCUCAUAUUGCUUCUGUUUUUUUAUGUUUGGGCGUUAAAAUUGCAAAUAUGAAGCCUCCUUUCUUGCCAUAAAAUUAGGGAUUAUUCUAGACUUGGUGAGGGAAUAAUCUAAAAUUUUAUUAAAGACAGGAGGCAAAUAUUUCCCUCCCUUUACGUGCCCUCCCUGGAAUUGUUUUUUUUUUUCUCUCUCGUGGUUAAUUGGGGAUAUUGUUAUGUUUUGUGAAUGCAUGGUCUUGUAUAAUAAAGUUUACUUCUACUAUACAGUGGUGAUUGUCCGUGUACGAUUUUAUUCAUCAUGUAUUAUGUUGUGCAAGUGAUAUUGUAUGGAUGUGACAUCUUGCUUUGACAGUUUACUUUCACAAUGUUUUCUUUUUCUUGCAGUGUAAUCUGUUUUCCCUUCUGGGUUUGACGAUUGGUUCUCUGGAUGUACCUGCUACAAGGUGGAUUCGUUGGUUUAAUUGCUCUUCUGCUCGACCUCAUCAAAGAAAGAGGAAGUGGGAGGGUCUGCCUAAGUGGUUUUAUACUGCUGUUGUUUUGUUCUGAUUGGGUGUUUUGAAAAGUUCUGUUAACUAUUUCUUUGCUGCUGGAGGUUUUAGUAAAGAAGCUAAAGCAAAUAUUCGCCUCCUGUCUUUAAUAAAAAUUUAGAUUAUUCACUCACCGAGGCUAGAAUAAUCCCUUAUUAGGCAGCAAUAUGCAAUGUCAAGUUGCUGAGCAACUGCAGAUUGACAUUGCAUAUUGCUGCCUAAUUUGUUUGUCUAUUACAAUUCCCAAAUACUUCUUGUGUCUUGUUAUCUCUAAUUCACUACCAUUUAGGGUGUAUUACCAGUAAGGUAUUGUCAUGUAUAAAUUGGGGUAUUGUCAUCUAUAAAUAGGGGCAUAAAUUCUCAGGAUGAAAAUAUAAUUUUGCCUCUUUAUAGAUUGCUGGUAAGACCACACCUUGAAUAUGCUGUGCAAUUUUGGGUACCUGUUCUAAAGAAGGAUAUCAUGGCACUAGAAAAAGUGCAGAGACGAGCUACAAAAUUGAUAAAAAGAAUGGAGCAUUUUAGUUACAAAGAAAGGUUAAAAAAUGUAAAUCUCUUUAGUUUGGAAAAACGGUGCCUUAGAGGGGAUAUGAUAACAUUAUGCAAAUAUCUUCGGGGCCAGUACAAACCAUUAUCUGGAAAUCUAUUCAUAAACAGGGCUAUACAUAGGACACGAGGCCACACAUUUAGGUUGGAAGAAAGGAGAUUUAAUCUAAGGCAAAGAAAAGUUUUUUUUACAGUAAGAGCAAUAAGGAUAUGGAAUUCUCUGCCUGAAGAGGUGGUUUUAUCAGAGUCCAUACAUAUGUUUAAACAGCAAUUGGAUAAAUACUUCCAAAAACAUAACAUACAGGGAUAUAAUUUCUAAUUAGUGGAGUAAUAGCUGCUUGAUCCAAGGAGAUUCUUGACUGCCAUUUUGGGGUCAAGAAGGAAUUUUUUCCUAGUUUGUUGCAAAAUUGGAAGCACUGCAAACUCGGUUUUUUGCCUUCUUUUGGAUCAACAGCAAAAACUUGAUGGAUGCAAGUCUCAUUUCAGCUAUGUAACUAUGGGCCUAUUCCAUAGGCAUGGACCUGGAGCUGCAGCUCCAUCAGCCCCUAUGUAAAUCCAGGCCUGUUCCUGACACUAUAGUGUUCCUUUAAAGUUCUGUUCAUUAAAGCCACCCUGUACUCAAUAGUGCAGGGACAUCCAGAAGGCAAAAUUCUGUUUGAAAUCCUGUUUAACAAUGCCGAGAUUUUGAAACACAGUCCUCAAUUUGAUUUGGAUUUCACUUAUACGGUGGCGUUCAGUCUGUUUGAAAUUUGGACCAAAUACAGGUAACCCAGAAGAUUCAAAUCUGUACCUGGAUGGUUAAACUCUAGAUCUAGAUUUUACAAAUCUCAAUUAUUUGCCAGCGGCAAUAGCAGGCAGCUGAUAUAGAAUUUAAAAAAGCUAUCUUGGCGGCACAAGGGAUUACCAUGUGGUUGCUGGCCAGUGCUUGCUAGCCAACAGUCACACCAAAAAGUUAAAUUAAUAUUAAAAAGCUUAAGUGUGUCAAUAUGGCCCCAAUAUUACUAUAAAGGAGACUUUUAAAAAAACUUUCGUAUUUCCAUUAUCAUCAUGCUGUAGGUGGAGGCAUAUCUACUAAACAGUGAGCGGCCAGUGGCGGUUGGGCAACCAUUGGACUGGAAAAAUUCUCCAAUCCAACUCUUUUAUCCAAGUCAGCUACCUUGGACUAAAUAUUUAAAAUUCCUCACCUAUUCAGCUCAGUUCACUUUUUAGCGAAUAGAUCAUUUGGGAUACUAAUCUACUCAUAUACAACAUUUAUUAGAUACAUUUAUUAUUUAUAGGGACACUAUAGUCACCAGAACAACUACAGCUUAUUGAAUUUGUUCUGGUGAGUAGAAUCAUCCCCUUCAGGCUUUUUGCAGUAAACACUGUCUUUUCUGAGAAAAUGCAGUGUUUACAUUACAGCCUAAGCCUAGGGAUACCUCCAUUGGCCACUACCCAGAAGGCUAAUAGAGGUACUUCCUUGGGCAGUGCUGCCAUUCAGAGUCUCCACUCUUUGCAUGGAGACACUGAACUUUCCUCAUAGAGAUAUAUUGUAUCAAACAUGUGAUGCUGAUCGUCCAGGACUGUGUUGGGCUUGUGCUGUCUCUGCCCCUGAUCUGCCUACUUGACAGUCUCAGUCAACCCAAUGCUUUCAUAUAGGAAAGCAUUGUGAUUGGAUCAGAACACCACUUCUGGUGAUGUCAGCCAAGCAGGCAGAUCAGGGGCAGAGCCAGCAGCAGACUGGAGUAAAACUAAGAUUUUAUUAUAUUUAGGGGGAGGGAAGGGGGGCAGGGGGUUAGUUGGUGUUUUAACACUACAGGGUCAGAAAGACAUGUUUGUGUUCCUGAUCCUAAAGUGUUCCUUUAAAGAAAUCUUUGGCCCUGGACUUGCAAUCUUGCAGGGCAUGGAACUGGUUUGGGGAGAGGGAGAGUUGCCCCCUGGGGCACCUCAUGACCUUGUUACACCUCUGAGACAUUGCAUACACUAUUUAAAAAUGUCUAUAUUCUGCAAUACGGGCUCCAAAUGAGAAUGAAUUUGCUUUGGAUUUCAGCCAGACUGAACAGCUGCUUGGGUGGCCACUAGAACUGCAAGUGGGCAAAUAAAACAAUACUAUGUGAAUGUGCAUCCUAUCAAAUGCAUUUAGCGAUGAAUGCUCUGCAGGGUCUUAGUGCCCGUGCAUGCUGCUAGUACAUUUAAUGAUGUGCUCAACUUCUGCUACCCGAGGACAGUAUUUGGGACACCAGGGAACUGUCCUCACUGAAAUUGGGACAUUCCUGACGAAACUGGGACUGUUGGGGAGCCUGUGACUGAAUUCUGACAGGAUUUGGCUUUGAUGAAUUUGAGAAUUGCCAAUUCACUGUGAAUUCGGACCUUUUUACCAAUAUAUAUUUUUUAAAUCUUUCUUUACUAAGUAAUAUAAGGAGAUUGCGUAGCUAAUUUUGCAAAGGUCACAUUACGCAUGGUAUGCACAAAAAGAUAUACCGCAUUUUAAUAUAGAAAAAGGUUUUUCAAUUGUAUGCAAGUGUAAAGCUCAAGUAAUAAUUAAAAGCAUAUAGGCUCAGAGGCAUAAUGAGUAAAGUCCUUGUAAAGUAAAAAAUGGAGAAUAAACUGAAUUAAAAAUAAAAAGUAAAUAACUAAAGCACAGCUCUGCUAUACUAGAUAGUGUAUAGUCCCCAAGGGCUAGCUGACUCCUUGAUGAAGAACAUGCACUAUAGUGGCACAGUCUGUGCUUAGCCCUCAGGUCCAAGACUGUAAAGAGCCAGGAAAAGUCCAGGCAUGUUUCUCAGUCAUGUCAGUCCAUUUGUCAAGGUCUGUCCUAGAUACAGAUCCAAACGUUUGCCAUGUGGAGUUGCUUUGCUUGGCACACAUCUGUCUAGCUUAUCUUUGAGGCUCUUUCCCCCAAAGACCCUUCUGGAAUGGAAACGGUGAAAGGGGGUAAUGCUCCUGAAUCCCUGCUGCCUGUAAAUAGGCAGCGAAUCCUGCCCAGCAGUGUGUUGGGUCACUUCCAAUUCUCUUCAGAGGCUCACUGGCAAUUACUAACAGUGAUAGAAUUAAUGCAGGGACUGUGGUUCUCAGCCUGUUCUCAACCCACAUCCAAACUGCCACACACAUACUGUCAAAUGACCAUAGAGAGUUCUCAAGGGGCUGCAGCUGGUGCCCAAUCUGUUUCUGUGAAUAGGCUCAUAGGCCUCAGUUGGAGAGAUCCAAGAAAACACCUGUCGAUUCUGACAGAACCAGAGAAGGUUCAGAGUGUUGCCUAUGAGAUAAAGGUGAAUGUAGUCUGUGUUUUGUCCAGUCAGCAAUCAAGCAUUGCCUUCCUUUUCACAGAAUUUUGUCCCCAAAAAUUUGGUAUUUGCUGAAUAGACCCAUGAAUGUUGAAAAAUGGAGCAAUCACCAUGGAAACCAAUUCAGUUGGUGUUCAUGGGCAAUUGCUUCAUUUGUGGGGGGUUUCUUACUUUUAUGUGAACACUUUGUUUUGUUUUUAAUGUACUGGUUGAUGUUCUGUUCUGAUUCUUGCUUUUCUGAUUUUAGGCCAUGCUGCUUCAUGAGAGGAAAUUUCAUUGUGGUGCUGCUCUAAUUCACCCAUCUUGGGUGUUGACAGCUGCCCAUUGUAUAGUGCAUCCUGGAAAGUACUAUGUGAGAGUUGGUAAGCAUCUCUUUCAACAGCUAGUUAUCCUGAGAUUUUUGUUAUAGAUUUUACCUUGAAUGGAGUACUUUUUGAUUUACCCAUACUGAUGUAUAGUUGGCCCACUGCCGACACUGUCAGCCAAUGAUCUAGCCCUACUAGUUCAGGAGCGCUAAUGGAUGUUACUGCAUAGGAAAUCCUGUACCUCUGGAAUUGGUAGUGGAGAUGGGCAGUGGUGCCAAGCAGCCUCCAAGUAAGAAGUUAAACCAGUUAAAAAUGACUUGGCUACUUACCAUCGAGGGCACUCCAGGAACCGUAACCACUACAGUGAGCUCUAGUGGUUAUGGUGAUUGGAAUGUUCCUUUAAUUUUUACUUUGCAGUCAAUUUCACAUGAAUUCUUUUUUUUUCCCAGAUAUCAGUGAAAUGUUGCCUCAUCUUUCCAUCCUCUCCUUACCUAAGCCUUGCCAUACAGGGGCAGCUCAUUGGCUGAGAGCAUCAGCGGAUCUCUCUCAGCCAAUGAGCUAAGCUCUGCCCUGUUGGGCUUCGGUGAGGCAAUGUAGGUAAGGAGCUGUGUCUGGUGGGGACAUUGGGGAUGCUACGGCACACCUGGCACCAUAACCCCUACCAUGCUUGGCGUUUUCCUUUAAAAAUGUUUCAUCUAGUCUGAUAAACCCCUUGCUCACGGUGCCUAGAGGGAUAUUGGCUAUACCUCACUGAUGAUACCUUACAAGGUUGAAAUGAUCGUCUGGGGUUGCUGUAUCCUCGUGCAGAGGGAACUUGUUGGCAUUUCGGAUGGGUGGGACCAGUGUGAUAUGCUUCAGAUAUGUUCUCUCUGUAAUGGCACAAGAUGAGCUAAAAUCAGCUUUAGAUCUGAGCGGGGAACCACCUAAGUGCAGGCUAAUUGAGCUGUUGUCCAUUCUCACCUCUCUUGCUACUUGUUUUUCUAGUCUGAUAAACUGUUUGUAUUUUUUUUAUUUCAUUUAUAUCUAAUUUUCCAUGUGCCUAGGUGAAUAUGACCGUCGAAAGAUGGAGGACACAGAGAAGCAGAUUCAGGUGGUGAAGAUCAUCGGACACAAACAGUACCAAUCUGAUAAUGCAAAUAAUGAUAUUGCUUUAUUGCGUCUCUCAGAACCUGUUGUCUAUUCCAAGUAUGUGCUUCCCAUCUGCCUGCCAAGUCUGGGACUAGCUGAGCAAUAUUUGACUAUCAAUGGCACUGAAACUAUAGUUACUGGCUGGGGAAAGCAGGAUGAAAUUCUUCGCAAUCACUCGAGCGUUUUAAGUUACAUACAGAUUCCGCUGGUACACCGUAAUGAAUGUGCUGAAGUAAUGAGUCACGAAGUGUCCGAUAAUAUGAUAUGUGCUGGCCGUCUGGGGGACAAACAAGAUGCCUGCCGUGGAGACAGUGGUGGUCCCAUGGUCACCAAGUUUAAGGGCACCUGGUUUCUAGUGGGGUUGGUAAGCUGGGGGGAAGGAUGUGGACGAGAAUAUAACUAUGGAGUAUACACCAAAGUUAGCCGUUACCUCGAUUGGAUCAACCAGGAAAUGAACAAUUAUGAAACAGAAAUCGCGCGAGCAGCCCAAGAAAAAGAGGCUUUACGAAAGGCACGCAAAGUCAUUAAAAAUAAAAAAUAAAAUAUGUUUGACAUGGGGUUCAGAGAACUGAAGAAAAUGAAGAAAAAAAAAAACCUCGAGUGUAUUAUUAAACUUUUAUUAUAGCAAUCAGACAAUGUGCUUUAUUGGAAUUUUUUAAUUGUCAUGAAAUACAAAAUAAGGUAAAAUUGCAGCUUCGGGUAGUCUUACAACAUAUUGUAUAAUCCAUCAACAGUACAAUGAAAAUAAGAUUGGAAAAAUCUUGCCUAUAAUUUAGGAAGAAUGGUGGCAAAUAUACACUUAUAAAUAUAUAAUGUAUCUUUUAUACCAUAGAGUAGACAUUGGGAUAUAAAUCCCUACAAGAGUGCAAUGGAAGGUGCUACGAGAAAGAAGCAAUGCCUUAGAUGUGAGCUCAUGAAGAUAGGUAUUUGGUUGGAUCAGAAUUUUUCCAUAAACCAGUAGAACUUUGUUUAUAUUCUUGUGAGGUUCCAUUAUCCAACUGAAUCAGGUCCUAUAUCGCUCUCACUCCCUUACCUUGAUAAAAGGGCAUUCCCACUGUGGAGAAACACCUUCGGAUAUCGUCAAUAUCAGAAAAGAUAGAACACAGGAUGAUUGUAGUUGUGUUCCAAUGUAUUAGUAACCUAAAGGAUCAUUCCAAGCACCACAAGCACGUUUAGUGAGUAUCAGUGGCAGAACUAAUGUAGAGAGGGCCCUGGUGUAGGAAAUGUUUUUGGGUCCCCCUCUGUGCAGGUGCAGACUCACUAGUCCGGCACAUUGAUCAUGGACCAAUGGCUUGAGGCAGUCAGGGGCCCAGCUGCACAGCCAUGCUCUAACUGGAGGGAUCAGAGAUCUCCCCAUAUGGAAAAGCAUAAAUCAUAGAAAUUUAUUUCAGUGAUAUGUUGUGGAGAAUCUGAUGGCGUGGAGUGCCCCUACUAUCCUCUUUGCUCUUACUAAAGGUGGAAAGAGUGGAUAGGAAGUGACAUCAUAUCCCCUGCUCUCCUCUCUCAUAGAGCACUCUCAGCCUGGCAGAGACAACAGAUAUGCCAUUAAAAUAAAAAGAUAUAUUGAAGUUCGGGAUGGUCUGCAGCUGCAGAACCUCUCAACUUCAAUAUAGUCACCAGAAUGACACUCCAGAGUUGUCUGGGGUUUAACCCCUUAAACGCGCGUCAGGCUAUUUUCACAUGGUCACUUUGGUGUAUUAUUCCAUGUAUAUUUAAGCAUGGAAUAAUUUUUAUAGCACGCAACUUUUCCUUUCUUUUUCUAACCUCUGACUGUCUAGCAAGCUUAACAGGGAGAGAGGCUUUGUCUUAUCUCUAUGCUGCUUUUUCUUUCAGCUAGUUUAAAAGUGCUGCUUUGAGACAUCACCAUACCAAGAUAUAACAACCUGGUAUAUGCCUGAAGGCAAAUGUCUAUUAUCUAAGAUUUCUAUCAGCUUAGCCUCUAAUGAUGUUCAGGAGUGAACAUUUACUAUAUGAACUGAAUAUCUCUGUCUACCUUGCUAAUUACAUUUAAUUAACCAUUUGGAUGCCCCUUAGCUUGGCCACUUUGAAUAAAGCCUUUAUUAUAGGGAUUCUAAUUGAGUUAAUUUUUAGUCAGAGUAAAACAAAUUUGCUUUAGUAUUCACCCUGACUCAACCACUAUUCUUGGUUCUUCAGAUAGAUUUACAUUGUGUAUAGCUUUCUAAAUAUCCAGACUAUAUCUACAUUUCUAAGCAGUCUCAUUUUGUUCUGUUUUGAAUGAGGUAUACCACUUAAAAUGAAUGGGAAAAGUAGAAAUGGGGACUGAUGGAGAGACAGCGGUUAGAGAGUAAGAAGGCAGAGGUGUAUGUCGGAUGAGUUGGUGCAGUGACAAACAGUCCAGUUUUUGCACAUGUAUUUUUGGAGCAUUAUCAGACAUUAUUGAGCGUUUUUGUGCAUGGUAUGUUUUUUGGCCGAGCUGCAAUCCCAGUAGAAUUGAUACCUCUCAGUCAUGCAAUUGUGACGACGCUGGCUGAAGAUACCAUGAAAUGAAUAAAUGUCACCAACAGUUUAACCAGCAAAGCAGCUGUGGUCCAUUACAUUGCCAAACGGAUGUACUCAAACUUGUAAAACAUUAAAGGUGAAAUUAUGUAUUAAACCAACAUAGGUAAAUCAAUGGUACUAAUGAAAAACAUGGAUGUUAUUUGUGAGCCAUCCCUUUUCCUGCCAGUACUGUAUUCAUUAUAACACAGACAAGGUUAGUACGAAAUCACCAGCUGACCAGGGAACCGAGGAAUUGAAAAUGAUAAAUGCACAUAUGGGAUGAAUAAUGAGGCAGAUUCACUCAGUGAUGUUGUGAUAUGGAGUUGAGGGGGAGAGGCACUAGACAUUUGUGUCUGGAAUGAUUUCGGUUAGACAUUUGUGUCUGGAAAGACAAAGAAAUGGGGGUGAAAACUGGAGAGGAGUGUGGCAUGUAUCAGGGGAGGAGUGUAACAUUUAUGAGGGAAAACAGAAGAAGAUAUAAUGCGUGACAACACAGGUGUGUGAUAAGUAGACAACAGGUAACUGACAAGAGGGGGGAUAAUGUGGAGACAAACAUGUGAGUGGUGCAAAGACACAAGUUGUGGUGACUUGUGAAAUGUACACAUAGAGACACUAAACAUGGUGAGGAGGAUUAAAAACAAAUUAUAUACACUUAUACCAUUUAAAUACAUUCCUCAUUUUCAUAUACUACAUCAGGUAAAGGCAACCGUCGGCACACCAGAUGUUUUGGACUACACCUUCCAUGAUGCUUUGCCAGCAUUAUGGGUGUAAGUGCAUCAUGGGGGAUGUAGUACACAACAUCUGGAGUGCCAAAAGUUGCCUAUCCCUGCACUACAUCAUUGGUUCGAAAAAACACAAUGACACAGUGUUCUAAUACAAUCCUCAUUUGCACAUGAUUAUAGUCUGCAUACAUUCACCCCUGCAUUCACAUUGAUGUUCUUCACAAUUUCACUCCUUAAGUCACAUACACUGCUCAAAUGUACUCUUGCGUUCACACACAGAUACGCCAUUCAACUCUAUCCCUGCGGUCAUACACAAACACUCCACAUUAACACAUUUUACCUGUAUUCAUGCACAUAGACUGCCCAUUAAAAUACGCCCCAGCAUUUAUAGAUACUUACACACGUCUACAUUCCAUACUGAUAAAACCCUGCUUUCACAACCAGAUAGGAUACCACAGGAGGGAACUAAAAAGAAGGUCUUUAAUUGGCCCAUAGUUGUCAUCUAAUGUUGGAAAGACAUGUCUAGCUUCGACAAGACAAGGCACUCUUUUUCCAGAGUGUCAAGUUGGACAAGAUUUAUGGGACCAUAAAAGGCUCUAGCGCGCAGUGGCUGCUCCUGAAGUAAGGCAGAUACUAAGUGCGCCUGUCGGGUCUGGAAACGUGUUGUACAUGAAUGCAGGCGGCAGACCCAAGACACAUACAUACUGACAACUAGACACAGAUACACACAACAUUCUGUUUAAUUUAGAAUUUCUUAUCUCCUACAUUGUUAAUAGCCUUCUAGGCCCUACAGGAGUCUCUUGUGUGUGUUAAAGUUCAAUUUACAGAGCAGCAAAUAAAAACAUCUAAAGAAAGUCAACAUCUGAUUGAAAAUGAAACUAUUUUUUUCAUGUCACAGCCAGAGGAGGUGUGGAUGUGGAUAGAGCUGCAUGGAUAGAAACUAAGUGAUUUAACACUUAAAUGUAAGAGAAUUGAGUAGUGAAACUGCAGGAGCAUUAUCUGUACAGUAAAACUGCUUUAUUAAGCAACGGUUGUUUUGAUGCCUGUAGUGUCCUUUUAAACAAAUAUAAAUAAAUAAUGUUUCUUCCCCCCUCCCUGAGGCUUACCUUGGGCCAGGUAGGGGGAAAUCCUGAUCUCCCCGCUGGCUUGUUCAGCUGCCGGCGCCCCAGCUGCAUUAAGGCACUAUGCACAGAAUGUCAUUUAUUGGUUGAGAGUGAUCUGCUUACACUCUCAGCCAAUGAAUGGCCAGCAGGAUUGGCAGAAGCUGGAUGUGUGGCACCAGCCUUAGAAGAUCCUCAGUGCCAGGUUUGCCUUAUUACCGGGGACAGGGCCAGAAGGUGCUGCCCUUUGCCGCUAUAAGUGUAACGCUACCUCUGCCUGUUGUCCAUGCAAUAUGCUUGUGACAGAUGAACAAUGGUGACACAGCUGCCUCUCCGUUCUUCACAAGUCCUCCACCACAGCUUGUCCACCAGAGGAUAUCAGGCUGCAGGGAGAACUUGGCCUCAGUACUGGAACAGAUGUAAGUGACUCAAUUUGUCUUUUCUUUUUUGGUGGGGGGACCAUGUCAGUAAAGGUUACUCUGACCAAAAGCAGUAUUUUCUUAAAACAGUUUUUUGGUUGGAGUAACCCUUUUAGCCAUUCAGGACCAACAACAUGCAAGAACUGCCAUUAUUAUAAGAACUUAAUAAAAUAAUAAAUUGAUUGCAGAGCUGUAACUCAUGACCCCACAUUAUUUGGUUCUACUGCUUCUUAAGAUGUUCAAAAGUUUUGAAACUUCCAAGUAUUGGUCUUUACUUCCUCCCCCAUUAGGAGCUGUCAGUACAUGGAUAAUUCUGCUGUUUAUUUGAUCUCUGCUUUGUGUAACAUCUGUCAAUAUUUGCCUGAAAUGAUGAUUAACUAGGGGUGCCUUGUUAGUAACAGAAAGUCCCUGCUACUACCGAAGGUCCAAUAAACAACCUCUACUUACAGCCAAGCUGAGAUAGUCCUGUGUAAGUGCUGACACACUCCCAGCAAAGGUAGGUGUUCAGAUAGUUCUUUUUUCAAUUAUCUAAAAAAACGUUCAGUGAGAUACAGUUUAUUUUCCGGGACAAAACCCUCUGACGGCCACUUUGGCAUCUUCUCUCUGCUAUGAGAUGGAAAUAGUUAAUUUAACUGACUUUUAAACCUGAGUUAAAGUUAAGCUUUUGCUGCACAUUGUACAAAGGGGCUUGUGACUGAAAUCUUAAUUUUUCUAUUUAUUUGUGUACAAUUUGCAUUCUAACAGAUCGUAAAGAACCAAGAUGAGUGGCGGACGCCUGUGUUUUACCUUGAUCCUACUCUCUACCUCAAUGUGUUACUCAGGUAUUUUUACAUUUUUCUGUAUGGCUUUGCUUUAAAGGGAAACAGUCACUUCUCUGGCAUUGACAUUGAAUUGAACAUUGAAAAUCAUGUGUGACUUGUGUUAAUAUUUUCUUCACAAGAUCUGUUUUCUUUUAAAUGUGUUUUAUUAAGACUGCACGAACUAGUGAUAUGAAAAAUGAAACAUUUACACAAUUAAGAAGACGGUCAUAGAAUCAUUAGAACAAUGUGUCUCUUCCACUAAUAUUUGUCUUCAUAGAGUCACAGCUAUUACCUAGGUUAAAAUAAUUAAUUUUGUGAAAAUGUUAAAUAAUAAACAUUUAGAAAUCAGUGUGUUGCAUCAAUAUAUCUCAGUAGUUCAUAGGAUUAAGAGCACACAUCACUUGUUUAAUGGCAUUAGGACUAAUGAGGUGUCUAAAUUGUCAAUUCUACUUAAUUCUGGAUAAUUCCUUGUUUAAUUAAAACAAACUCAGUGUUCAUUGGAAGAUGAUGUCCUUGAGCCAAGCUCAGCCUUUGUCCCGGUGUCUUUCAGUGUUUAUAAAACGUGAGCAGGCUCAUCACGUGCUGCGUAAACGGGCCAAUCAUUUUCUAGAGGAAAUUCAUGCUGGCAAUUUAGAGCGGGAAUGCUAUGAAGAGACUUGCUCGAAGGAGGAGGCCCGAGAAAUCUUCAAAUCUCAAGAGAAAACUGUGAGCGCAUCAGGAGCCUGUCGACUUAUAAAUUCUAAUAAUUAGAUGGCUUGCAGUAUAUCUCUAUGCAUUCAUUAGGAACUGCCGUUGCCAAGAAACAUUGUUAUUUCUAUGUUACGAUACCUAGCCACAAAAGAAGUGACACAGGUUAAAGUACUCUUUAACAUGCGGUAUUUGGAAUGGUAACAAGUGGCGGUAAUGUCCAGGGAUUUUGAGAACAGAGUUUUCUCUGUAUUGCUCCUGUAUCAUAAUACAUUCUAUCUCCACAUGCUUAUAGCAUAAACAGCCUUGUAUUUGUCCAAUGUUAAAUGUGUGUUCUUUAAGGGACACUAUAGUCCCCAGAACAACUACAGCUUAUUGCAUUUGUUCUGGUGAGUAGAAUCAUUAUCGUCAGCCUUUUUGCUGUAAUCACUGUCUUUUCAGAGAAAAUGCAGUGUUAACAUUACAGCCUAGUGAUAACUUCACUGGCCACUCCUUGGAUGGCUGUUAGAGAUCCUUCCUGGGUCAUGGCUGCCUAAAAUGCAUCCAAACAUUCAGUAUCUCCUCCCUCUGCAUGCAGACACUGAACUUUCCUCAUAGAGAUUAAUUGAUUCAAUUCAUCUCUAUGAGGAGAUGCUGAUUGGCCAGGGCUGUGUUUGAAUCAUGCUGGCUCUGCCCCUGAUCUGCCUCUUUGCCAGUCUCAGCCAAUCCUAUGGGGAAGCACUGUGAUUGGAUUAGGCUACCACUUCUGAUAAUCUCAGCAGGCAGUGGGCAGGUCAAAGGGAAACAGGGACAAAGCAUGCAGCUCCAGACUUGAAUACAAGUAAUAUUGUACUAUAUUUAUGGAGGCAUGAGGGGCCCACGGGGACUAGAUGGUGGUUUUAACCCUAUAGGGUCAGGAAUACAUGUUUGUGUUCCUGACCCUAUAGUGCUCCUUUAAUGGAAUUAAUUGUUCAUAAUAAGUGCAAUAAUUAUUACGUAGACUUUAGUCAUUAGGCUAAUUGGCCAAUAAUAUUGGGAGGUAUUGGACCAAGAUGGGGGUUAUCUUAUACCACUAGUGAUGCCUAAAAAGACAGACUGGUCUAAACAUGGGCAAGUCAGUCUGAUAUGAAUCAAUGCUAAGCUGACUGCAUGGAACAUAUGGAAAUGUAGUUAUAUAGGUAAUUCGAUUUUAUAUUCAUUUUAAUGUAUGGAUAGAACAUAGUUACCUCUAUUAAUAUAUCUAUCUAUUUUUAUGCACGGACCUGGAUUUUUGUGCCUUUGUAUUGCCAGAAAAUAUAAAUCUAAUUUAUGUAAUCUUUUUUUUUUAAUAUAUAUAUCUCUCAUUCCUCUGCAGACAGAGUUUUGGUAUCACUAUAAAGGUGAGUAACACAUAGCAUCUGCACAGAUUAACAAAAAAAAAAAAAAAACUCUUAAAAUCAUCUCUAAUUUAAUAACUGGUCCAAUGACCAAAUGGCUAAAUAAUCAGUGGUGUAUCCUGGUUUUGUGCUGCCCUAGGCAGGACAAAACGCAGGCGCCCCCUCCCUCCCCCCGCGCCAACCCCCCCCGCCUUCUAAAUACACACACACAUUCACUGACAGAUACGCAUACACUCGCUAACAGAAACACACACACACACUAACAGACACACUCACACUCACUAACAGACACACACUCACUAACACACACUCACAGGCAAACACACUCACACAGUCAGACACACACACACUCACUGACACACUAACAGACAAACAUAGUCAGACACACACACUAACAGACACACUCACUCACUAGCAGACACACACACACUAACAAACACACACACAUUAACAGACACACACACACACAGGCAAACACACACUCACUGACACACAGUCAGACACACACACAUACACACUAACAGACACAGUCAGACACACACUAACAAAACACACACACAUUAACAGACACACACUCACUCACUCACUCACAUUAACACAUUUUUUUAUUUAUUUUUAUUUAGCCCCCCCCCCCCUUACCUUACCUUACCUUACCUUACCUUUGGGAGUGCUGGGGGGGAGGGGUUCAUUACCUCCCUGGUGGUCCAGUGGAUGCCGGCUGGGCUAGGCAGGCGGCUGGCGAGGGAGCUCUUCCCCUGAGCGGUCUGCUCAGCUCCCUCGCGCGCCACAAAGUAAGGCUGGGAGCCAGAAGAUGACGUCAUCUUCCGAUUCCCAGCCUCACUCUGCGGCGCGCGAGGGAGCUGAGCGGACCGCUCAGGGGAAGAGCUCCCUCGCCAGCCGCCUGCCUAGCGCCGCCCGCCAGCCCAGCCGGUCAGUUAGCCGCGAGGCUAACAAAGCAUUUGCCUGGGCAUUAGGGGGGCGGCGUUUUUUGCCGCCCCCUGAAAAAUGCCGCCCAAGGCAAAUGCCUUGUUUGCCUCGCGGCUAAAACGCCCCUGUAAAUAAUGGAAUACUGCUAUGUCACACACUCUCUUAUACCACACCUGCCAUGCAGCUUAUAAGCCAGUCCGCCACUAAUAGCUGGCAUCAGUCACUCUGUAUUCAUUCUUCCCAGCACUGUGAUUUCUAUUAGGAAUAAAACCAUGCAGCGUGUGCAUGAUCAGGAGUUCAAAGUGAACUUAAAGUGACUUUUCAAUUUCACUCCCAAAUAAUCUAACUGAAAACAUAGCUGUCUAAGAAUGUUUCCGUUAUUUCUAUUUUAGCCCAAAAAUGUAAUUCUCUUUCAAUUCCCAAAAAUUCAACUCUGGCUUAUUUAUAUGUGUAGUUUAUUGCUGUGUACAAAUGGCUAUUAUAUUUCUAUUUGUACUGGUAACUGCUUUGUCAAUCAAUACCUAUGCAUGUACCAGAAUUGUACAUAGAUGUUUUAGAACUCUUUUUAUUUUUCAGACCUCAGUCCGUGUAAGCUGAACCCGUGUGAGAAUGGAGGCAUCUGCCAGCAGUACCAUUACAUGUACACCUGUCUAUGUCCUCCACGUUUUAUGGGACGACACUGCGAAAAUGGUGAGACUUGUAGCGAGUUAGAGCGGGGAUAACAUUCCGUGAGAGUAUCAGCGACACACUAACCAAAAGUAACCGAGAACAUUAUUGAUAACUGCAUGAUUCCCAAGUUGAUACUGCAUGUAGUUUUCUAAAGAAUAAUAGGGACACUUGCAACAGAAGUUACAUUUAUUUUUUUAUUACUAUUUUUAAACAUUUCCGGUCUGUUAAAGUGCAUUAUUUGUUGUGGUUUAUUUAUUUGUCCAUAUGUAUAAGCCUCUCUUUUUGUUUAAAGAGUUCUUUAACUGAAGUCAAUGGUUGAUGUCAGAAAUUCUGUUACAGCAGGUUACUAACCAUGACAAACAUCAUUGUUUCUAACAUACACUUUCAUAAGCACACCAACAGAUUAGAUUUUUUUUGGGGGGGGUGGUGGGAGUUUGCAGCAAAUCCUGGUAGAGUGUGUCUCAACCCUUCCAGAUACCAGCUUCUGCUGAAUAUGAUCCUAACUACUAUGCUACUAGCUUAGUAAAUUCACCCAACAAAGUAAAGUACUGAAGAAAUCUGAACUGCAAAGUGAGACACACAGAGACCUUAACUAUAUACAGAACAAUUGGUUUAAAACAUCUGAUCAUAAAUCAAAUAAGAUACCCAGAAAAAUCUGUAGGUACAGUACAACAUUUUUAAAGGGACACUAUAGUCACCUGAACCACUACAGCUUAAUGCAGUGGUUCUGGUGUCUAUAUCCUGUGGCCGUAUUCUUUUCAAUGUAAAUUCUGCAUUUUCAGAGAAAAAGCAGUGCUUACAUUGCUGCCUAGAAGCACCUCUAGUGACAGUCACUCAGAUGACCACUACAGGUGCUUCCUGUGUCAUUGCAGCAUAGUGUGCAGCACCUACGUUCAGUAUCUUCACGCUUUGCAUGGAGGCUAAACGUUCCAUGUAGAGAUGCAUUGAUUCAAUGCAUCUCUAUUAAGAUGUGAAAGCAUUAGAUUGACUGAGAUCAUCAAGAUUGAUCAUGGAGGCGGGGUCAUCAAGACUGGUGCGGCUAGGAAGAAAAGAUGAGUAAAAUCACCUUUUCAAUACGAUCUGAGAGGGACUGAUCACCUAAACAGGUUAAAAUAGUGUUAGGAAUGUUUGUAUCCCUAACACUAUAGUGUUCCUUUAAGAUAGCUGAUUAUAUAGCAUGAGAAAUGCAGAGGUAUCAGUAUGGAGAGAAUGACAUCAUAUGUGAUGAUAUACAGAGACAAGACACUCUGGAUCAGUAGUUCUCAAGCCAGUUUAGAAAGCAAAAUUAGGAAAUGUCUAAGUGCUGGACUGCUGGUGUGAUCUGAUCUGAGAACUGCGUUGUGAAUCAGUGGCCGAUAGUGUCAUUACAUAUUCUGACAGAGAGAGCCAAGCGUUCCGAACAAAUGAAAAAUCACACAAUUGGAUUUAUCUACACAUACAAAUGAGAAACAAAGGCCUAGACACACAGAGAUCUAAUUGGGUAUAGAUUGAUACAUUCUGAAAGGUAACAAGAUGGAAAAAGCAGGUGAUCAGAUGCAGAGACAGUGGAUGGACAAAGGCAACAGUAAACUGUGAAAACUGGUUGGGGGCUCAAAAACUGAGGUUAAUCCGCAAUUGACAAUAAAGUUGCCCUGGUGGUAUCACAUUGAUUGUUUUCAUCCAGGAAACAGAAUAUAUCACAUUAGCAUUGCAAAAAUACAUAAUCUUCAUGUUUUCUUUAUUUUGUAGUGCGCCACGAGUGCUGGUAUAAGAAUGGGGGCUGCUGGCAGUACUGUACAGACACACCUCGAUCAAUGAGCGUGACCUGCUCGUGUGCCCAUGGAUACUCCCUAAAUACAGAUGGGAAGAGCUGUGAGAAGUCCGGUAGGUAGAGGGCGCUAGAUGCUAUUUCCAACAUCUGGCUGUGGCCCUACUCCUUCAGCAUGUAAAGUGUUACUCCAAUCGUUUAAAAAAACACUGGUUUUGGUUAGACUAACUUUUUCUGAGGUGGUUUGCACUCCUCCUAAACUUAAUUUUUUAUUUUUUUUUAAAUGCUCUGUUCCAUUGCUCAGUCCAAGUUCUCCUUUUAGUUCGAUCCUCCUUGGCUGACUUCAGUGCCCCUUGCCAGAGGGUCAGAGAGGAGGGACUGAGAGAAGGACAUGGAUGGCAUGGAGUGGUGGAGUACAUGUUGCCAUUGGCUGUCUGUCACCAGCAUGUUGUACGUGUUGGCAUCAAAUGCAGUUUUGCACAGAAUUGACAUUAGCUAAUCAGGAACAGUAUUCUGGGCUGGGUAAUGAUUCUGCUGGAGGUGGAGUUUCAUCCCAGGCAGCUAAGAGGCUAAUCUCUGUAUGUGCAGCGUUUCAAAGUGAAAUGCGGCCCAUACAAACUCCAAGCACCAUGACAACUUCAAAUUUUUUAUUUUGAUUCUGGUGCUUGGCAUGCUUAAAAACUAUCAUAAAAACUGUGCCAGUGAAUGCUCAUUUCUCCUCAGACUUAUAAUACAAACCACAUCAGCCCAUUAGAUGAAGAUUUGUGUCCAUCAUGCCAACAGGAAAACAAUGGUUAAAAUCAAAUGUUUAAUUAUAAAAAUUUACACAACAAAUUUAAAAUGUACCCUGCAUGGUACACACAAUUAAGUUGAUAUUCAAAAAAUAUAGUGCAGGAUUCAUGAAUGAACUCUAGCUUUUGCUUACCUGUAGGAUUUUUAGUUGAAUAAUCUACGCAUCUGACCAAAGAAGACUUCAAGAUAGCUACCCUCACAGAGCAAGGGUGAGCAAGGAGAUGUACUAAAAAGAGGUACUGGCUUAAAGGGACACCAUAGGUACCAAGACCACUUAAGCUCAUUGAAGUGGUCUAAACUGCAGGCUGCUUAACCCAGCAAUUGUUAUUAUUGCAGUUUUUGAUAAACUUCAAUAACUACAUAAGAGGGUUAACUCUACCUCUAGUGGAUGUCUACCAGAGAGCCACCAGAGGGACCUCCAUUUUUAAAGGAUUACUAUAGUGUCAGGAAAACUAAGCAGUGCCCCCACCCUCAGGGUCCCCCUCCUGCUGGGCUGAAGGGGUUAAAAUCUCUUCAGCAGCUUACCUUUUUCCAGCGCCGACGUCAGCUCCCUCUGCCAACGUCAGCGGAGCUGAAUGCGCAUGCGCUGCAUUCAAGCUGUCAAUGGGAAAACAUUUCUCAAUGCUUUCCUAUGGACGCUCUGCGUGAUGAAGGCAUAAUUUGCCUCCAGCGUUGCAGAUGCGCCUUUAGUGGCUGUCCGGAAGUCAGCCACUAGAGGCUGUCUUAACCCUGCAAUGUAAACAUAGCAGUUUUUCUGAAACUGCUCUGUUUGCAUCUGCAGGGUUAAAACCUGAGGGACCUGGCACCCAGACCACUUCAUUGAGCGGAAGUGGUCUGGGUGCCUAUAGUGUCCCUUUAAUGUUCACAUGAUUAAAUGGUCUGUCUUUUUCCAGCUAGAUUCCCAUGUGGGCUGACAAUCAGCUCAUCACGUUCUCUGGGAGACCCUGACCUGGAGGAAGAAGACGAUACACACUAUUCUCAUCCUGAACCACUAACGACAGAGCCUUCUCUCCUCAACAUAUCUGAUGGAAUUUUUGAUGAUAUUUCACAUCAGAGAAACGUUAAUGAGACAACACAGACACCCAACAGAAAUGAGACUGUUUGGGGACAUAGAGUGAAUGAGACUGGAGUGAAUAGCAUAAAGAAUGACAGUGUUUGGAUGGGCCUUGGCAACAAUUCUUCUGAAGGCGAGAGCAAAAAUGAGACUGUUCACAAACAGCAUAAUAACACAGCUAAAACAGAGCUUGGCAGAAAGGUUUCUUGGAAACACAAGGUAAAUACCAGACCUCAGACAAAAAACAGACGUAAGCUUGUUAACUCUACAAACAACAUCAGCGAGGAAAUAACUCUGCCAGAAGACAAUGUAGACGUUCUUCCAGAAGCAAAAGAUGGCUCCACAUCUGAAGAUUCUCGCAUUGUUGGCGGAAUACGGUGUGAACUUGGGCACUGUCCCUGGCAGGUCAGUCACAGUGCACUCCUUAUAUGAAAUAAUAAAUUUUCAUUAAACGGUAAUCUCAAAAUUGUAUGUAUAUUUCUGCAGACCCUGUCUUGUAGAGCUAGCAUAUUUAAGGUCUAUCAAUUUAUCUUCAGAAUUACCAAUAUGGAUACCGCACUCUCUUGGAUCCCAGGGUGCAACCGGGCCUGAGGUUGGCCAAUGCUCACAAUGUGAUUUGCAAAAAAUUAAUGAUGGACCAGCCACUCAAGUUCAAUCCAGUGGGCAGAUUUAUUGGAGCAGAAUCAAAACAAUGUUUAGACUCGCAACACAAAUACCUUAACAGGCAAUCAUUUCUCUCUGAAUUUUGUUUGAAUAAUCAUAAAUAGUCAAGUUGAGCAAAGUUCUCUAUAAAAAAAAAAGAGAUCCCUACAAUUUCACAGUAGCAGAGAAGGCUAUUGUAGAAAGAGGAUAGUCUGGGGAUUUGCUACAAACAAAAUAAAAAAGAGCAAUUAAAGGUUUUAUUAAUUUGUUUGUUGUUGCAUAUGUUUUUUAUGUUUGUCUCCAUUAUUUUUAAAGAGGUAAAUUGAGUUUCCUUCAAACUUUCACAAAAAUAUAGAUAAAGCUGUCCAUCUUUUUUUCUUGUAUUUUUGUAUUCAAUCUUUUAUCUAGGUUAUGAUCCGGACUUCUCGGGGAUAUGACAUCUGCAGUGGAAGCCUGAUCAGUAGCCGCUGGGUACUGUCUGCUGCACAUUGCUUUGAGGCUAUUAAUCCACAUCAUGUGACUGUUGGUGAGUUAUAACUUCUUAACAUGCCAACAAUGAGUGUUCACUAUGUAUGAAUUAUUUUUAAUUUUUAUUUUUAGAAUUCUUUAUUUUUGAUGUGCAGAGUAACAAACAAUCUUGUAUGGACAAUGCUCAAUAUUAUGCAUGACAAUGAAAAGCUGUAGGUGUAACAUGAGAUGUUAUGAGUACUGCACAUUUUGUUUUAUAAGAGAUAGGAAAAACAUCAAAUGCAUAACUCUAUUGAUUGAAGGAGAGAGAGAAGUCAAAAUGUUAUAGAAUAGAACUGUGGGUAGUUUCAAUAAGUAAAUACCACUGGGCUGCCAGAGGAAACCAAUGCAGGGGAUCACUUAGGGCAUAACAGCAGAAUUAGUAGAAAUAAAUCAUGAGUAAUGCAGUGCCAAGGUAUGGUACUGGCAUUGUGCCCGUGAGAAUAAACAUGUUUGAAACAGAAGUAAAGUGCCAUUAGGAGCCACCAAUUGAUCAAUACAUCACAUAAAUCAGAGAAUCCCUCAUAGCUGCAGUCCUUUCGUGGAGCCGUUUAGUCGAUGCCCGUGGAUGGGAGGAAACUAUCAUUUAGGAUCAAGAGUCCACAGGGUCGUGGAGGAGCUCCCCCACAGAUCUGAAGGCGGAUGCGUUUCUGUUUUAUGCCCCUGUGGGUCUGGCAGUGCUCAGCCUCAUUAGCAGGGUCCCAGGGCCACCUAAAAGCACGCAGUAAGCCUUGCAGAGCAGGAGUCCUCUGAUAUCGCAGAGUGGUGGUGGGAUUUAGUGGUUGGCUUACUGUGAGGCUGUUUGGACAGUGUAGACCACCGGUCUCUCCGCCGCUCAAUCAGUGCAGCUUGUGUGCACUCAUGGAUACUCCUCCAAAAGUUCUGGAAGAUGGCUUUUAGGUGAAGAAGGGUAUUUGCAAGAGAGCUGCUGUGAGUAUCUUGGGAUGGGCAUGUGCCCUGCUCGAUCCUCAUUAGGCAAGUUGCUAUCUUAAAAACAGAGCCCCGCGAUAUGUCCUAGGCCUCAGCAUGACGCAAUGUGAAGAGUAAGUGGUCCCCUACAGCACAGUGAGACCGGGAUAACCCCCGCCAGUCCAGAGAGGGGGUGUAAGAGCACUGCCAGAGUAAGCUGGCAAACUGGAGCACAAGGAGAUCAGAGGCCUCUCCCCAGCUCCUGCUGUAGUAGGUCGCAGCAGGGCGCACUGCGUCUACAGCAGAAUGCAGUCUCGAGUAAAGUAUCUAUUUGUUCAGACCUGCCCCCCAACUUGAGGGGCAUCUGUGAGUGGGUUGUGUAGCUUUAUAGUUGGGGUUUUUGCCCCAACUUCAGCUCAAGAUUUGGGAGCUCAGGCACCACACGUCUGCUCUGCAUUACAGCUAGGCUCUGCCCCCCUGCCCACUGUAUAAAAAAAUUUAAUAACAAAGAUUGAUUUCUAAAUUAGGAUUUCUAAAAAUAACAAUUUCAACACAAAAUAUUGCAAAAUAACUAAUUUGCAAUUCCCUAUAUACUAUAAACAAACGUGACAAAUAAACCAGUUCUAACUGUUAUACAAAUAUUACAAAAUUUUACAAAAAAGAUUUAGGAAUACACGUUUGUAUUCCUAACACUGUAUUGUCCUGCUUCCUAUUAUGAUGCCCCCCUGCGAGAGUUUGAAGGAUGAGCAUUACAUACCUUACAGCAAUUGACGCGCCGGACUCCACAUUUAACCUCUGCCUCUUUUCCAUUGGUAAAAAUUGAUAGGCUAGGGCAAAUGCAUUGUGCCAAUCAAACGGCCUCGAAUAAAUUAUCUGAUUGAAAUAGCCGAGUGUUGUUUGGCUAUUGGGGCAGAAGCACCUCUUUUCAAUUCUGCUUUAAAUUUUGCUAUUUUGGCCUUAAAUUUGAAAUUUACUGGCAUUCCUGGCAGUUCUCAUUUGCGUAAGUAACCCUGUAGGUGAAUAAACUGUAGGGUACUUCCUUCUUUAGAAGUGUCACCUACUCCUUUAUUGCGUGUGACUCUGAGUUUAGGACAAUGUACUAAAGUGCUGCGGAAUAAGUUGGCCCUAUAUAAAGCUGUUAAUAAUACUAAUAAUAUGUCUCCCUUGUUUAUUUGGGUGAUGUAGAGUAUAGAGACACGUGGAUGUUUUUAUUUUUUAAUAAUCAGUUAUCUUAUACACUUUAUUUAGUUUUCUGAGACCCAAGACAGAGCUCUGAAUUAUUCUGCUUAUCAUUUUCAAAUAAUUUCAGAAUUUUUCUUUAUCAACAAAAAUGUUUUCAGUGAAAGCUAUCUCUUUGAAUUUAUCAUUCCGUGCAGAACUCUAAUGAAUAUUACAGUUUCACUCCAAUGUCUUGGUCUAUAUUUUACUUACAUUGUAUAGGUUCCAAAAUGAAAUUGUGGUGUAACCAAGGCGUUAGAGGAUGUAAAACCAAUUGAUUUUUCUCUUCUAUCCAAGGCGAUUAUGACAAGAUUCGCCGCGACCUAGAGGAGCAGAAAAUUGGUGUAUUGAACUUUUAUUCCCAUCCGAAUUACUACGCAGAACACUAUGACCAUGAUAUUGCAUUACUGUAUUUGCGCAGUCCAGUGAUCUUCAGUGACCAUGCUCAACCAAUCUGCUUGCCAACUGCUGGCUUGGGACGACUGCUAACUCAAGAGGGUGGGAUAGGGCAAGUAAGUGGCUGGGGAGCCACAAGGUACUUGGGUCCCAAAAGUCGUUUCUUAAUGAGGGUACGACUACCUAUUGUCAGUCAGGAAGAUUGUAUUGCUUCCACGAAAAAGGUCUUGACUGGAAAUAUGUUCUGUGCCGGAUACCAUAGUGAAGAGAAAGAUGCCUGCCAAGGAGAUAGUGGAGGUCCCUUUGCCGUGUCUUACCACAACACCUGGUACCUGAUUGGAGUGGUGAGUUGGGGCGAAGGAUGUGCAGCAGAUGGAAAAUAUGGCGUGUUCACUAGAGUGUCCAGUUAUAUCCCUUGGAUCAAAGACACUAUAAUAGAAAAUGAUGGAAUAGAGGACUCACUUGUCAAUACAUUAUGA